AUGGCUUCUUCGUCACCAUCGCAUCCCACUGUUGGUUUUCAAUUAGAAAUGAAGAUGACGGCUCAGAAGACAAAAAUGUUGGAUCAACAUCUGACACACCUUAAAUCUCAAAAGCAAUUCACGGGUAAUCCGGUCACCGACGACUAUAUGCGACUAUCGAUGGUUUAUCUUCAAACAAUGAUACAGGCAAAACAAGCCUACUACGACUUAUUGGAAUUUCAAUCCGAGAAUUUCAAGAAGGAGUGUGAAAUUCGAUUUUUUUAA